AACAAAAAGGUUAUGUAAACUUCAUUGGUCUUACAGCGCGAGUAUUAGCCGCCAGCACUCCACGGAUACACAAGGAACAUAAAUAAAAAUGUUGAAGCUACAGCGAUUUGCCGGCAGCAUUGUCGUACAGAUAUACCGAGGCGCAACAUACAGCAGUAACGCACGUGCGGCGAGCGCGGCACUUGCAACGGCGGCUAGUAAUGGACAAGGAGUGGGAUCAGGUGCCGCUGACGAGGCUGAAGUGCGUGCGGAUUUGGGUGCCAAAAAGCCAAAGAUUUCGGGCAUGGUUGCUGCAGCAUUUGAAUCGUUAAGAAACGAAAACGAAUCCCCUGGAAAAGCAACAACGAACAACUCAAGCUCUACGCAAACCGUUAAUAAUAUAGAUGAACGGAUCAUCAAUGCUAAAACUGUUAAUGGUCUGUUGGCCAUAACCGAAAACAAUAACGCAUUUUCACGUAAGCACGCUCUGAAGAUCGUGUCCAUACUAGCCGAAUGGAGUACCGUCGAUCGCGUGAAAAUAUCUGAUUUUGAAAACGAUUCAAGAUUUUUGCGUGUUUGUCGAAUGCUAGGCCGCACUGUGCCGAAGAAUGAGACUAAUGGCAAAAAGAAUGGCACUGGAAGUGGCACGAACAACUCCAACAAACGCAUUUCUGGCUUUCGCACCGACGACCUUAACACGGUUCUUGGCGUAGCUGGGGACGAUGAAGCUGCGAAGCUAAUAGCUAGCAUAACUCUUCCGCAAAUGGUGAAAGUGAUGAGCACCCUGGCACUGCGCAAACGACGUAGCACUCCUUUGCUACGCUCACUAGCGUUUAACAUUAGCAGCUCAUCAGAUCAAUUAGAUUUGAAGCAAGCUGCUGAUGUCCUGUAUGCCAUGUCCACCUUAAACUUUCAGGACUCUGUACUCGGUGCAAAAGUUUGUGCAGAUGUGCAGGCCGCUCUGCCAAAGAAUACUGAGAAAUCGGCUGUUGUGGGCUCUGUGCUCACCAGUCUAGGCAUAAUGCGAUAUCGGGAUUUGGACAUAUUGGAAUCGUUGACGCAGUGGCUGCUGAAGAACAGUGAAAUAUGUCGACCUCAGGAUCUGAGCGCCUAUUUCCUCACAUCAGCGCUUCUUAACUUCAAGAGUGCACAUUUGGAGGAUGUGCGUAAUAAGCUGGCGAAAUCAAUUGUCCGUGAGGAUUUCACCAAGCAAUCGGAUUGGCUAAACUAUGUUUGGUCACUCGCUCUGCUGGGUAUAGUGGAAAACAGUCAGAUAAAUUCGGUGCUGAGCACGGAAUUUCUGACUAAAUUGGAGAGUGAUAAGGCGGUCUUUACGCCAACAUCCAAGAUGAGGCUACUGAAUCUAAAUAGUUAUGCGCAACUAUGCCUAACCGGCUACAAGGGUGCUUUGCUGCCAGCCGAUUCUCCAGCCUAUGAUGUUCCUAUGGCGCACACGAAGUCCAAACAGAUUCUUGUCAAUGGAAUGCUUGACGCAUUAAAGAGUCUGUUGCCUGCCGUAAAUCAUGUGCAAAGUUCUGUCGACAGCAAAAUGGGAUUCUUAAUUGAUGCGGUGUGCCAGUUUGAUGCAAAACGUAACCCACUUCCCCUGGACAGUCAGAGUGCCGAUGCCAUUAAAAUCGCCCUAAUGGUAGUUGAUUUUCAUGACAUAUGCCACGGAACGCAUCGUAGUGCCAGCGGCCCAACGAAUCUAGCGUUCGAUCUGCUGGAAAGGAGUGGCUACCAAAUUAUACCUGUGCCCCAUAGCGAGUUCAGCACCAGUGACAAAUUGCUGAAGCGCGUUCAGUAUCUGGAGGCGAAGUUUAAGGCUAUCGUUAGUAAAUAAUAUCAGUUAUAGAGAGUUGAUCCUUUUAUCAAAA